CGCGGGGUCGUGAUUGGUGGCACGGCAUGCUAGGUUGGGCUCGGUGCAGUCCCAUCUUAAUAUCGACAACGCAGUCUUUGUCUACAGUCCCGUCCCAGUUUAAACCCCUGCCAACUGUCGGCCGAUGAAGCGCCCUGCCGCUCUCACCCAACAUGUCAUAGUUGCCUUAGUCUUGCCCCGGUGAUCAACCCGAUGCAUCGGUGUUUCGUCUCUCUGCGAACUCAUAAAUCGUCCGAAUUCCCCCGUCGGAGAUCAGAUUUGAGUUUGCGUUUGUUCCAUGUACACAAUGCGUCCGGUCAAGCUACUGGCCUGGUUGGGCGCCCUGGGGUUGGCGGGCGAAUGUGCCGCUGCCUGUACGGAUCCUCCCCAGCGCAAGGAAUGGAGACAGUUGGAUCGCUCCGAGCGCCGCGAGUACCUCGACGCAGUGAUCUGCCUGACCACCCUGCCCGCCGUGUCGGGGAUCAAUGGCACUGUCAAUCACUAUGAUGAUUUUCAGGCCGUGCAUUCGGUCCAGACGCCGGAGAUUCAUUGGGUGGGACAUUUCAUUCUCUGGCAUCGGUACUUUGUGGCCACCUACGAAAAGGCUCUGCGAGAAGAAUGCGGAUACAAGGGCGCCCAACCGUACUGGAACUGGUCCCUGGACGCCUCCUUCAACCGCACCUCGACUGCCAUCUACGAGACCGAGGUCUUCGACAAAGAUGUCGGCUUUGGUGGCAACGGCGACUAUCUUCCUGCACCCCCGUCGAAGAACCCUUUCAACGUGACUGGUCGUACCGGCGGAGGAUGCGUGCACGGAGGCGCCUUUGCCCCGGAUAAGUUCCAGCUCAAUUAUCCUCAACCCGGGUGUUUGCGUCGCGACUUCAUUCCUUGGGUCAUGAAUUCGUUUUCUCGCCAAAACCUGGUCGACCAUGUGACGAGCCAGCCGGAUUAUACGAGCUUUGCGCGAGCGAUCGAGAAUAUCCCUUCGUUCGACGAGCCGAACAUUCAUGGCGGCGCGCAUUUCGGUGUCGGUGGCAUCCUCGGGACGUUGGGCGACCCGGCCGAGAGUCCUGGUGAUCCGCUCUUUUUCCUUCAUCAUGGAAAUCUCGAUCGCGUCCUCUGGGAAUGGCAGCUGAAGGAUCUUCCGGCGCGAUAUCACGACGUCGGGGGUCCUGUCAUCCCGAUGGACUACGGGGGUGUCAAUGUGACGCUGGAUUUCGAAGUCAACAUUGGAAGGUUGGCACCAAACGCCACGCUGGAGGAGCUGUUGAGAAUACAGGGCGAUGUUUUGUGCUAUGAUUACUAG